AUGCCAACAGCUCUGAGCAUCGCUGUGCUCUACUCCCUGCUGUCCCCAGCCCUGAGCCAGCUGCCAACAGAUGCCGUCCUCCGGCUCAACAAAGAUGUUCUGAGCGAUGGUUCCCUGCAACGCAGCGUGGCCCUGCGAGGAGCCCUCAGAGAUCUGCCCAUCAGCGGGACGGAUGGAAGCGGAGCGCUGCAGGGCAGCCAUGGAGGGGGCCUCCUGGGUGGCGGGGGGCUGCUUGGCGGGCUGCUGGGCGGCGGGGGGCUGCUGGGGGGGCUGACGGGCGGCCUGCUGGGUGGAGCAGUGGGGCAGGGGGCUCUGCUGGGUGAUGGAGGCCCCCCCGGCACAGCUGGGCUCCUCGGAGGAGGCUUGCUGGGUGUCCUCGGGGACAGAGGCCUGCUCAGCACCGUGCAGGGGCUCACGGGGCUGAGGAUCGUGGAGCUGACACUGCCCAGGGCGUCCCUGCGGCUCCUGCCCGGCAUCGGCCUCCACCUCAACCUCUACACGCGGGUGGCCCUCAAUGGCAGAAGCCUCCUGGGUCUGCUGGACAUCGCCGUGGAAGUGAACAUCACCUCGCGGGUCCGGCUGACCAUGGAUGGCACCAGCUACCCCAGACUGGUGGUGGAAAAAUGCGACACACUCCCCGGAGGCAUUAAAGUCAGACUGCUGAGAGGCCUGCUCCCAAUUGUGGAUAAUUUAUUGGCUGGUGUCCUGAACAGGCUUCUUCCUAAUCUGCUCUGCCCAGUACUUGAUGUUGCCCUGGGACUUGUCAAUGAUCAGCUGGGGCUGGUUAACUCACUGGUGCCACUGGGUUUGCUGGGCAGUAUCCAGUACACCGUGUCCAGCCUGCCACUGGUGACCGGCCAGUUCCUUGAAGUAGACCUGAAUACUGUCGUCGGACGAGUAGCAGGAGGCCUGGUUGACUACCCACUGGGAAGACCAGAAAGUGCCCCCACACCUCCAUGGGUCCCCAUGCCUCCUCUGCCACUGAUGCCGGACACCAGCUCCUCCCAGCUGGGCCUGUCUGUGAACUUCCUCAGCUCGGUGCUGGCUGCCCUGCAGAAGGAAGGAGCCCUGGACCUGGACAUCUCCAACGCUAUGUUUCCCGAGCUUCCACCGCUGACAACGUCGACUCUUGGAGCCCUGGUUCCUGCGGUUCUCAAGGCAUACCCUGAUCCGUGCAACUUGCUGCUGAAAAUCACAGUUCCCGAAGCACCCAUGGUGACCUUAAAGAAAAACAAAGCUGCCAUCCAGCUCAAGGCUACAGCAGAGGUGGCGGCCAUCCACUCGGGCAACGUGCAGAAGUUUCUCUGCCUUCUGAAUAUCGACGCAUCCCUGCUGGCCCAGUUCACUGUUGAGGCCAACAAACUGAAGAUCAGCGCCGGCCUUGAGAAGACUGAGCUCUUCUUGGUGUCUUCAUCCGUUGGUGAUUUUGAUAUCUCUCUGCUGGAGACACUGAUUGACGAGGUCUUCAAUGCUGCCUUCCUGCCUGCCCUGAAUGCCAUGCUGGGCCAGGGGGUGCCGCUCCCACGCCUGCUGAACAUUGACUUCACCAACGCUGACAUCAACGUCAUCGAGGACCUCCUCGUGCUGUCAGCGUGAGCUGCACUUUGCCCCCAGGAUGGGAAUCCAGCCCGGCGCUGCCCGCCUGCACUUCCCUCCGCGCCAACGCGGGCAAAUCAGCUCCUCCACAGAAACGUGGCGUCCUCCCUGUGUAGCUUUGAAUACAGAAGGAAACACGGGUGGUUGUUGACUCUGAAUGUUGCGUUCUGGACUCUUCCUUUUGGAGAUGCUUGGCAGGAUGCGGUGGGCUCUGCAUUCUCACGUGGGCAGGUUACACACAGGGUUAUGUGACCCCAUUCCAGCUGGUCCGUGUAAAAGCCCCUCACCUGCCCUCAGCACUGCCCCAGUUCCAGGGAAGCCACUGAGUGCUGCUGGGCUGCGGGGAGCAUGCUGGGCCUGCUCUCACACUGCUGCCUUCCAGCCCGUGUGCUCUGCCAGGCUGCUCCUCCCCGAGAACCCCCCAGAGCUGACACGGCCCUUUCCUGCCAUCUUUCCCAUUCUUUCUCCCUUCCCAUCUCCAUUUAUUUCCCCUUUCUCUUGUGCUAGUUCCCUCUCUCAAACCUCCUCCAUCUGCCCAGAUCUCCCUUUGGGGCGCAGCCACCUCCUGCUCGCCUCUGGGUAGCACAUGGUUCUCCUGGAGCGGUGCACAAACCCCCACAGCCUCUGGCUGGCAACGACCCUUUUUGCUCAGCCUCACUCUGCUGCCAUGCACGGUGUGCUUGCCGGAGGCAGCCCUCCUCCUGCUGCGUGCAGACACGGACGCUCGGUGUUGGCAGCACCUCUGGGUGCCAGAGUCCUAACGGCGUUCGUUUCCUUUGAUUUCUGCAGCAGCAUUUAAUCAUUGAUGGGAAUUAAUUUUUUAAAGCCAGCCGAGCUCUUCCUUGUCAAACCCCGCGUUUAUUUUUGUGCUGCUGAGUUUAUUACACUGACCGAGCUGGAAGAAAUGAGCGGGGCUCUUUAAUUGUUCUUGUUGCCUGGGAUUCAGAACAAUUCUCAGCUCCUCAGAUCUAAUCUCAGCUGUGUGCUAACCCCUACCAACGUUCUGCACGUGGGGGAUGCUCCACUCUGGUGCGAGUGCCACCAGCCAGGUGGGCACGGCUGACACCUGCACGGAUAUUUCCCUGCUGUUGCACACCUUCUCUCUAAGAGCUCCUUUUAAAGACCUAGAACCACUCUGGCAUCCUCUUACCAUGCUGCACACGUCCUGCAGGGACCCUCCGACAAAUCCCACUGAUUUUAUUUGACACCGCUCUCAAUCGAAGCUGCUCCAGCCUCUAUCUUUCUCCUCUGCUCAAUAAUCGCAGCUGCAGGAGCGGUGCAUCAUUACACGCUGAUCAAAGGGAAAUGCAAAAGGCAGCGUGGUGAAUUAAAGUCUGAUUUAAUUGUGCCAAGAGCUGUCAUAGCGGGAUUGUUAAAAAGUAUCUGGAGCAGGUAAGGAAGUUGUUCCGAGUGACCUAAAUAGCGUUACUACUCAGAGCUGGCACGCUGCAAUAUGCAGAUCCAACGCUGCCUUUCAUUGAGAUGCUGCCGGGCCCACAGCGGGGACUGCGCUGCUGUACUUGGGUGUUGGUGGAACCGAGACCACAGCUCUGCUUCACUGUCACCUUCCUCCUCAGCAACAGCAGCGUGGCACCGGGCUGGCAGCACAGGGAGGUCGCGGUGGGUGACCCACGGGGAUGGGGCAGCUCCGACACGGCAGAACGGGCUCUGAAAGGAUGAGUGGAGCAAAGUGGGAAAAACAAACAGCCCGGCCACGGGGAAGUGCACCUGGUUUUGGCUGCGCUUUGAGCUUUAAUAACGCGAGGUGCUCUUCACGCGGCACAGAAGGACGCGGCUCUGACACGUAUCAUUUUUCAUCUGGCUGUGCCCCUCUAACUGCUCUCAUUUCAGGGCCGUUCCGGAGCAGGUUGAAGCGAUCCAUCUCCUCGCUCCAAGGUCCUCUGCCUCUUCUCCUGCUCACUCCACGACGCCGUUCCUCUCCCUGCAGCCUCCCUGCGUGUCAC